AUGAAUUCGGGAAAUAUUGAAUAUUACUCGGGAGAAGUUGAGUUAAAUGCGAAAUUUCGGACGUUUGCGAAAAAUGCUAAUUUAGUGUUUUGUGGACACAACACUGUUGCAGCUCAACUGAAGAUCAAUUCCAAGCGGGAGUACACAGAUAUUGGCGGGAACGAAGAGUUACCACUUGGUGAAGAAUUCAACAGCCACGUCAAGUGCUUCAUGAAUCUCCAAGAGAAAAAAGUGGAAAAACGAUUCGAACCUGCCGCCAUUCUGAUUGAGCAGCUGCACAUAUCGGCGAAAGAAACCAGAUUAAAUGAAGUGAAACGAAAAGAAAUGGAUGAACUGAAUAUUAAGUGCUUGCAAGUUUUGCGAGCACUUAUCCACAACGAGGAAAGGAAACUCAGUGAAGAUUGGGAAAUCAGAACAGGAGAAACCAAAAUUAUUAAACAACUGAAGAUCAUUGCUACUCUUCAACGUUUCUACGACCGAUGUGGUGCUAUGAACAAAUGCCUACCUCACCUAGCAUCCAGAAAUGACGACAUUGCUAAGGAAGUGUUGGGGUUCCUUUGCAUAAUGCUUUUCAACGCCAACCAAACUGUGCAGCAUUCUAUGUUAGAAUAUUUUCUGUCCACACGAGAAGAGGUCUUCUUCAUGGCAGUCCGAGAUCGGAUGCAGCUCUCUAUAAACUCUAUAAAGGAAAAACGAUCGUUGCAAGCUCAACAAAAAGCCCGACAACAGGAGGCGGCGGAUACGUUCGGGUUCACAUCUACAGACUAUUCAUUUACCGUCAGCAAACUCGCUAUAAAGCAAAUCAAAGCGUACGAAGAUGCCUUGAGAGAGCAGCGACUUAGCGGAUGGGUAAGUUUAUCGUUUCACAGUCAUUAA